GGAGGAUUCGUGCUGCUCGCAUUCACCACACAACACAACCCACACUUCGUCUCGUCACCAUGCGCCGCCCGUGGAGGCACCCGGGCCCAGGGGCAGCCGUCGCGGCGCGCCACGGCGCCGCCGACCUCUGCCUCCGCGAGGUCGGGGACCUCCUGCCGCGACGCUUCGCCCGCCGCGCGGCCGGUUCCGAGGACCUUGUGAUGCGGCUUCAGAUUCACCGGAAGCUUGACAGACACACGGGUUGCGUCAACACAGUGAGCUUCAGUGAGGUCGGUGACAUCCUCGUAUCGGGGUCUGAUGACCAGAGGGUGAUGCUGUGGGACUGGGACACUGGCACCGUCAAAUUAGAGUUUCAUUCAGGACAUGGUGGCAAUGUGUUCCAGGCACGGUUCAUGCCCUGCUCAGACGACCAGACCAUUGUCACUUGUGCUGCCGAUGGCGAGGUGAGGCUUGCCAAGAUACAGGAUGGUGGAGACGUCUCCACAACAUUGCUUGGUGAACAUGGGGGAAGGGCUCACAAUUUGGCUAUAGAGCCCGGUAGCCCUUAUAUCCUCUACAGCUGUGGUGAGGAUGGCCUUGUUCAACAAUUUGAUCUCAGAACAAAUACUGCCUCAAAACUAUUUCUUUGCAGAAGCUCCUUCAUUAAAUCAGUAUCCUCAACUCGUAUCCACCUAAAUGCAAUUGCAAUAGAUCCAAGGAACCCAAAUCUUUUUGCUGUUGGAGGAAGUAAUGCAUAUGCUCGUGUGUAUGACAUCCGCAAGUGCAAGUGGGAUGGAUCAUCUGAUUUUGGUCACACAUCUAACUGCUAUUGUCCACCACAUCUAGUUGACGAUAAGAGUGUUGGGAUAACAGGGUUAGCGUUCUCUCACCUGAGUGAGUUGCUUGUAUCUUACAAUGAAGAGAAUAUUUACCUAUUCCCUAAAAAUGGAGGGCUGGGAUCUGACCCCAAAAAAUCUGUUAAGAUAGGAGCAAAUGAAGGGUGCAAAUCAACAACGUUAGCAUCUGGACAUGAUGUUUCUCAACCUGCACCUCAGGUAUAUGUCGGUCAUCGCAACUGUGAAACCGUGAAGCGUGUGAGUUUCAUUGGGCCAAAUGAUGAAUAUGUUGCCAGUGGGUCAGAUUGUGGUCGGAUGUUUAUUUGGAGAAAGAGAGAUGGGAAGUUUCUACGAGCCAUGGAGGGUGAUGAGUGCAUUGUGAAUUGCAUUGAGCCUCAUCCUCAUGCUAUGACAAUUGCGAGCUGUGGAAUUGAUAAUGAUGUCAAAGUUUGGACUCCCUCUGCAAUUGAGCGGGCACCUGUGGUAAAUGUUGAUGAGCUCCAGUCGAGACCUCGCAAGAGAAGAGCCAAGUUCUGGCGCUUUGACUUACCAGAUCUGUUGAUCCAACACAUACUGGUAUCAGAACAUAGGCAGCGAUCAGCUGAAGAAGAUUCAUCAGAGGACCAUGAGGACAAUACAGGAUUACUUAAUCUAGUGCUACGGGCUGCAGUUGGAGGUGUGUCAUCUGAUGAUGAUGGUGAUGACGAUGAUGAUGAUGAGACCUCUGAUGGCUCUGAAUAGUGUUGACUCAAACGAUCUGUUGUCUACCUUUCAGUACCGUUUCAAAAUUGUAAAUAUAUACGUUAAUAAGUCAUCACAUUCUCAUGGAUGAUAUAACAGAACAACUAUGAUUUAGUAGCUUGUCAUUUCUAUGUUAUAAGUAUGUUUUUAGUGGGCUAUUUUAAUGAAAAAAUUUGACUAA